AUGAAGGAAGAAGCGCUUAUCUUUUUCGCGGAAGGCGCGGGGAGCGACCAUCGUGGUGCACGUCGUGUGAAAUUGGGAAAAGCAUGGAUCAAUCUCGUCCCAAAACAAGACAUUCUCUCGAUUCGGAGGAAGUGGUUGAACAAAGGACAAAGGGAGAAACGAAAAAAAUCCGAGAAAAAAGAAAAGGACAAAUACUCACUCAUAUCAUUCCCAUCCAAUUUUCCUCCGGAGAACCUUGUUGAAGUUAACUUAUCGUUUAGCGAGGUUGAAGAGCUUUGGGAAGGAAUCCGGCGAGUGGGGAUAAAAGAGUGGCAACCUUUUGUUAAGGUACCCUCAAAUUACACGUUUGGAUUGAAAGUAGUAACCAUUCAUAUAAUCUAUGCCCUCAUGCACCCAAGCCAAAAGGACUCUACUGCUCACAUCCUUAACAAAUGGUGGUGUGCUUCCAUGAGUUUCCUCAUUUCGAUUGUUGAGUAA